GGAGAAACAUGGGCAGCACAGCCAGCACAUAAUGUGGUCCCAAUACGUUGCAUUUUCUUUCUCUUAACUGCCACUCGUCCGAUCAAAUCACAAUCGAACGGUUCAAGCUCCUCCACGAUCACUUCUCAUUAACCUUUGAUUCGCCAACUUCCUCAUGGCUCCCAUACGUCCACGCUCCCUCACUUAUAUCCCUUGGAUUUAAAUUGAAUCCAAUGGCUAAUACUCUUCUGCAACAUUCUCUUUCUAAUUUACUCACUGUAACAUUAAUAUACCGCUCUUUUUGUCCACUCCAAAAAAAAAAAAAAAAACCAGAGAAAAUCUCUCAAUUUCUUUAUUCGUUCUUAUAGAAAGAAAUGCAAGAACAAGCAACGAGUUCAAUUGCAGCUAGUUCUUUGCCUUCUAGUAGUGAAAGAUCUUCAAGCUCUGCACUUCAAGUUGAAGUUAAAGAAGGCAUGGAAAGUGAUGAAGAGAUCCGAAGAGUGCCUGAGAUAGGUGGGGAAGUGUCUGCAGCUCCAGCUGCCCCUCGAGAAGCCGGUUCUUUGCCCGGUCCGGACCGGGUUCAGCCAUCAGGUGAGGUUGUUCAGAGAAAGAGAGGGAGGAGCCCAGCGGACAAAGAAAACAGGCGCCUAAAGAGGUUGUUGAGGAACAGAGUUUCAGCACAACAAGCAAGGGAGAGGAAAAAGGCACACCUGACUGAGCUGGAGACCAAAGUUAUAGACUUGGAGAAGAAAAACUCUGAGCUUGAAGAGAGGCUGUCCACGUUGCAGAACGAGAAUCAGAUGCUUAGACAGAUAGUGAAGAACACAACGGCAAGCAGGAGAGGAGGAAGUGGCACUUCAACUUCAAAUACUGCAGCAGAUGGAACUCUAUGAGGAGUGACUUGAGUAUAGAAUUUGUAGGUUUGGAAAACAUAAACUAAUGUAAAGAGAUUUGUGCUUCAGAAAAUUCUAUUACCAAUGCAAUGAAGCAGCAUGACUAUAGAACUUUGGUGAUCUUAAAUCAUAAAUGAUCAAAACUAAGCUUUUUAUCAUCUCACAGUGAUGGCAAUGGAAGCUAGCUGUGGUUCAAGACUGGCAAACGGGGUAAGUUAAAUUAAGACCACAUUUCAGAAUGGUGGUUCAUCUGUCGAAAAUUUGGUCAAUGGCUUAUACUGGUAUUUAAUCAAAUGGUAGUGGUUGUGAGAAAUUAUUAUGGAUUUAGGUAGGCUGUCACUCUGUCGGCAAUAACAGCAAACCGGUUGCUAAAACUCCUAUAAUGAUAUUCAAAUCAUGUUUAGGGUACCAUCAAUCGUUAGUUAUAUAUGUGACGAAAGAAAAAUCUUGAAGUUUAUAACGAAAGAAAAAAAUAUCUUCUGCCAUGGCUGAUAGCCAAUUCGUGUCCUGAUCCAACAAAUAAAUUUACAAUUGCCAAUUCAUGUCUUGA